AUGUUCAACUCAAGGACAGGAAAAUGGACAGUUCUUCCAGAAUGCCCCAAAAUGUUCUUCUCCAUAGCAGUAGUGAAUGGACAACUGACAGCAAUUGGAGGGGGACAAUCAUAUGAAGCCACAAACACUCUUCUCAGUCUCUCACGGAAAAGACUAGGCAUCUUCCAACAGAAGUGGAUUGAACAAUUUCCACCAAUGACAUACGGUCGCAAUGCCCCAGCAGUCGCUACCACCAACACAUCACUGAUAGUAGCUGGAGGAUGGAGUCCAUAUUUGAAAAAUGCAUUAGUAGAAAUGAUGGACAUUCAGACAUUACAAUGGGCAACAGUAGCCAGUCUACCUUAUCCUCUCGAUCAAGCCACAGCCACCAUCUGUGGGGACAGACUCUAUAUUGGUGGUGGGAUUACUGGGAGGUCAAACAAGUCAGUGGUAAUGUGUGAGGUGAAAGACCUCCUCCAAUCACAGCCACAGUCACUAGCCACCAGACCAGGUCUCUCCAGUAGUCCUCCAGUGUGGAAAGAAGUUACUCCACUUGCAGUAAAGUUGUCUUCUCUCGUCACCUUCCAAGGCCAGCUACUGGCAGUAGGAGGAUCGACUACAGGGAGAGAUGCCGACUCCACAUCUGACGUGAUGCAAUAUGAUGUAACCACAAACUCUUGGAAAGUAAUCAGCCGGAUGAAGGUGAAGCGAAACUACUGUUUUGCAGCAGUUCUUCCUAACAGCACACUGAUGGUUUGUGGAGGAUUCACUCCAGAUGGAGACAUCACUGUCUAUGUUGAACUAGCUUCUGUUUGA